AUGUUUCGCCGUAUUUCUGCAAGCACAUUGUCUGUUACAGCGGCCCGCUUCUAUACACCUUCGGAGGAGUUGAAGAAGCUCUACGAUAGUGACUUUGACAAAUCCCGGUUCCCGCUGAACAUUGUGCCAAGUGAUAGUGUCCUCUUCGCUAAGUUUCUAUACAAGGCAGCGGAGCAGAAGGGUAACUUUGAUGCUAUUUUGAAGGACUUCCAGACGGUUGCUGCCGCCUCUGUCAAACUCCCUAUUUUUUGGGAGCGCACAGCUAUCAUUGACAAUAUCGCAGAGUUCAAGCAGGUGUCGGAGCCUAUGUUUUUUACUUUGGUCUGGAUGCAAACGAACGGCAUGUUAGACCUCAUCCCCGACGUGGCGGAGGUCUAUGAGACGUACGUAAACGCCAAGCAAAAAAAGGCUGUGGCGAAGAUCUACGUAGCCCCUGGGAAAGAGUCUGAGGUCUCGGAGGCCCGGCAGGUGGCGCAGCAGUUGCACAAGGGGUUGAAGGAGCUCGCCGACCACUCUCUCACAUUCAAGACAGUCGUCGACCGCUCCAUCGUCACGGGAUUUGCGGUAGAACUUGCCGGUCAGUACGUCAACCGUGCUGAGGGACAAAAGCGACAGGUGUCAGGAUCCGACGAGGCGGACUAUACAAACAUUCCGGCGCCUAAGCAUGUAAAGACAGUCUGGGAGGACAACAUUGAGACAGAGGUCCUGCGGAAUUUCCUUGACAGCCUCUCCGAGUACGACGCAGAAGAGGCCAAGUAUGGCGUGUAA